AUGACCGCUUUGGGCAAUCGGUCCUGUCUCAGGUCCCUGCCCGAAACCGCGACCAGUGUGUGCCACUGCAUCUGGGCGCGGAUCAUGAUGGCGAGCACCUGCGCAGAGGACACCGCCUCGCCGUCGUCACCGUUCGCGACCACCACCACCUCGGCCAUGACGGGGUCCCCGACGAGGGAUGGCCUGCUGCCUGACGUUUCCUUCCUGCCGGCGUGGAGGAACCUCGUAAUUGUCUCCUGCACCAUGUGGUCGAGGUCGAUCUGUGGACUGACCGACGAUCCCGCGCGCUUCCACGCGAUCUUAUCCUGCUUGCGCAGGGACAGGUACGCCUCGCGGACCGUCUCGAAGGUAACGCCCUCCAGGGCCAUCGGCGCGAACUGCUCGACGCUCCAGCGCUCGCUCAGGCUCUUGAGCGUGAGGUCCUGA